AUGGAUUAUUCUUACAAUGGAUCUGAAAGCAUGAUUUCAGUCGGUGAUGUUCCAAGUUCAUCAGAUAGAGUGCUGCGAUUAUUACACGAGAUUCGUGAUGAUAUUAGUGAACAAAAUGCAGUAAGGAAUGAACUAUGGGUAACAUUUCCUAGACAAGAGCAAGCUAUUAGUUAUCAAAAAGAACAUAGCAAUGUUUUUAUAUUUAGCUAUCAAGACCAUGUUAAUGGUCAGAGGAGGUUUGUUGUUUCAAGCUAUAAGGAGUUUUGGCGAAGGUACAAGAACAUGAAUCCCAAAUAUCGUCAUCAUUAUGAAGUUAUUCAGGAGGGAUUACCAUGCCACCUUUAUUUUGAUUUGGAAUUCAAUAAGAUCGAAAACUCAAACAACAAUGGUGAGGAAAUGGUUGAUAUACUGUUAUCACUUGUUUUUGAUUUCAUGAAUGAGAAGUAUUCUAUUGAAGGAGAUAAAGAGUGUGUUGUUGAACUUGAUUCGUCAACAGAAGAAAAAUUUUCUCGCCAUAUAAUCAUUUGUUUCCCUAACACUGCUUUUAAGAACAACCGACAUGCUGGUGCAUUUGUUGGUGAGAUUUGCUCAAGGAUACAAAAUGAAAGGGGAAGAGAUGGAAGAUUUGAAAAAUUGUUCAUAUUAAAAGAUAGGAACUCAUCUCAUGUGAAUAAAGAAGUUUUUAUUGAUAGAGCAGUGUAUUCCAGAAAUCGAUGCUUUCGCUUACCAUUGUCUUCAAAAGCACGAAAGACUUCUAUACUUGUACCUACUGGACGUUUUAAGUGCAGGUUAAUGAGUGAGGAAGAUAUGUUUAUGGCAUCUUUGAUCUGCAAAGUGGAUGUUGAUGUUCAAAAGAUUCUUAUAUGUGAAAUGGAUAUUGGUUGUUCAAACACUCUCCAAUUUGCUACACAGGUUCAUGUGAACUUCCAUAAAGAUUAUGGAGUCCCAAGAAAUCUUCUGUCAAAUUCUUGCAUAAUUGAUUCGUCAAGAAUAUUUCAGACAGGGAGAUCACUGUUUCCACUAUUGGAUAUGUUUCUAAGUGACACAAAUGGCAUUGACAUAUACUAA